AUGUCCGACUCACAGACGCUCGAUGUGCCGAGUCUCAAGGUGGUGGAGCUGCGAGAAGAGCUCGCAAAGCGCGGCCUCGACACAAAGGGGCUGAAGAAAGACCUUGCGGAUCGGCUGAAAGCUGCACUGGACCUAGAUAUCUCGGGCGGAUCGACAACGGCGCCUCCCAAUGAUGAGAUGAAGGAGAUGGCGCAGCCGCUGGGCAAAAAGUCGGCCGUAUUCACCGAGGAGGAGGGCAAGGAUGGCAAGGAUGAGCAGACGGUGGGCGACAGCAAGGUCGGAGCGGAGGAGAGUGCAGCAGCCGACGCUGCAAAGGAUGAGGGAGAAGCAAAGGAAGGAGCAAAAGAGCCGGAAGUGACGGUAGGCCACGGGAUGGUAAAAGGGGCAGACGAGCGCGCCGAAGAAAUCGACACUCAAGCCGGAAAGGCCGUCUCGGACUCGGACAUUGAGCUCGAGCCUGCCUGUCUCGACUCAGAGCUCGCUGCCGUCAUUGCAAAGGAGGAAGCGAAAGCCGGUCUGCCGCCCACACCGCCCAAGGUCCGGUCAAUAUCGCCCAUGUCGGUCUCUCGAGCCGCCUCCGCCGAGCUGGAAAACAAGAGAGCACCAGCUGAGAAUAGCGCAUCUGCUCCCAGUCAGAAGCGCGCUCGCACGGCUACACCACCGACCUCACCACGGCAGAAGCAGAAACGGCGGACCGACUACCUACCCCUACCCUCAUCGCUCUCCCACCUCGUCCACCCCCCAACAUGCACGCUGUACAUCACCAAUCUCCGCCGCCCGCUCGUCCACUCUUCACUGCACGAGCACCUAUUCACCUCUUCCACUCCUCCCGGCCCCUCAUCACGCCUCCCUCCGCCCCGCGCGCCUUUCGCUGGAGAGUCCGCCCCCGCCCUCUGGCUCAGCGGCGUCAAGGAUCACGCGUACGCUACCUACCCUUCCGAGCAGGACGCGCUCGAAGCGGCCGAGCGGAUAGAAGGUGGGAAGUGGCCAGAAGAUACCGGCGCAGACUUGCACGUCGAGUUUGUGCAGGAUGACCUGGUCAAGGGGCUGGUGGAAGAGGAAGAACAAGCGUGGUUUAACGGUCGGCAGAAGCUGGCGCUGAAGGUCGAGAAAGACAGUCAGGCGGAGUCGGGAUACAGGUUCGAAUUGACAGGAGGAAGCGGAGCGAGGGGAGGUAUGCCGAUGGGUCGGCCUGGACCUGGCGGACCGGCGAAUAUGGCGCCGGCAAGGGGACGGCCAGUGGCGGUACCAUUGUCUGGAACGGGUCCAAAUGCUGUCCGUCCCGGAGCCCCUGUCGCAGGGAAUGGCGUUGGUCCGGAAAGGCAACCUCCAGUCAACGCUCCCACCGGUCCAUCCAGACUCAAUGCCGGAGGAGGAUACGGAAACGACCGACCUGGACCAGGCGGACGCGGAGGGCCAGAAGGGCUGAUGAGCAUCCGAGGAAGGGGCGGACCGGGGUACGGGGCACCACCCCAUCUGGCGCGUCCUCCGGUGGAUAAUGGGUAUGGCAAUCGUGCUGCCCGAGUAGGGUGGGGCGAGAGGGACGGAAAUGGACCGAUCAGGCGGACGAGGGAGAGGCCGAUUCUGACGUGGAGGGAGGGACCGGGGGCGAAAGCUGCCAGAGCGGGGCGGGUAAUUUCCCUCCACAUCAUCAAGCCCAAAGACCAUAUCGCCCUCAGUCAAGUGCGCCAGUCCUCCCGCGCAGCGUACAAGGGCGAAUCGACAUGGAAGCAGCUCUGCUUGUCUAUCGGUCUGGGGCGCGCGGUAUUGGACAAGACACCAUGGCGGGAGGUCUUUGUAAAGGCUGUUUUGCACCGGAAGGGGUCGUCGACGACCCUUGGCGACGUCCUACCCUCGGCCGAAGCGGUUAUGGAGCACAGGCAGUACUUUAGGAGGCAAGUCGGAUACCACAAGUGCAAUUGCGACAACAACAACGUGGAGGCGGUGCCGGAGGACGAUGAUGAGGACGAGGAUGAGGAGGAGUACUCGGACGAGGAGGAUUAUUCCGAGGAGGAGGACGAUAUAACCCGCGAGGAGUGGGAUGAGUACAAUAACACCCCGGCCGCAGUGACCUUCCCCCUUGCCCCGUCGUUGGAACUCGCCGAAUUCUUCAAACGCCAAUAUAUGGACAUGAUGGGACCACGUCCUCCUUCGCCGGUCCAGCAUACCGCAGCUGGACCAUCUACGGUCAUCGCCCAGCAACGCGCUCCCAAGCCGGUAUCCAAGCCAGAACCCCCCAAACCCCUGCCCAUUGGCCGCCUCCUCCCUCUCAGUCUGAGGAACCGAGACAGGGUCCCGCAUCAUCCGGUCCUUCAUCCGUUACUCACGAAACUCCACUCGAUCCCCUUCGUCAACUUCCUCUCGCGUUAUUUCGCAAUCAGCACUGGGCAAGCUCUCGGCGGUCUUGGCCGCAAGGCUAGCUUGUGGCCGACACUCGUGGACUGGGACGAGCCGGCAGUCUCUUCGUUAGGAAACAUCAAAGAUCCGUCUCACGCGGACAUCAGGGACCACCCUGUACUGCUGUACGCAUUUGCUACAAGUCCUCCUGUAGCGCACAUGCGGCUGAAGAUCGAUAUACUGUCUACCUUCGUCGUCAAUCCUGAUGGAGUGACGGUCGGAGACGUGCUGGAAGGCAUCCGUGACUACGUCCUGGCACCGUUCUCCCCAGUGGAUCGGCAGACCAUCGACAUGCCUCCGCACUACCGUCGAACAUACCUCCAAUCGGACAGGCCAAGGCUGGAUUACGUGGUCCGUGACUGCUCUCUGCUUGAAGCCAGCGAACCGAACUCAGCGGGUGUAGCAUUUGGCAUCGCGGACCUCUUUCUCGCCGGACAGCUGAACAUGGCAAAGGGCGUGGUGACUUGCAAUUUCACUUCCGACAAAUCGCCGUAUUGA